UACUAUAUACAUUUAAUAUAGUGUUGUUCUCGUUGCGACUGCUAUGGCUACGUAGAUUUUGCUCGAAGAAUUCGAACUUUUUCUUACAGAAUUGAAAAGCAAAUUAACUAUAUCCUAAAGAUUAACAAUGGUGUGUGUAUCGUGUUUUCUUCUGCCAAUUGCGCUCUUCAUUUGGCACAAGUUCAUACAGCCGAUAAUCGAUCUUUGGAGAGGUAAAAAACCGAUCACCAACAACGCAGCAACGACUGACGUAAAAUCAAAUGAAAAGAACGGAUCGAUAUUGACAGAAACAGAGGAGAAAAAUGACAGCAUUAACACAGAUGCUGUGAAAAACACAGCAGAGGUUGAAUUGCCAAAAGAUAAAUAAAUUGCACAUAGCAAUGGAAAAUUUGAAGCCUAUAUUUGUAAAUUAGCAUGUUUCAUGUAAUUCCCUAACUCCAUCAAUUAAAUAACUUUACAUGAUUAAUUACAUUACUAAACAAUGAUUCUAUAUUAUAUUGUGUUGGUAAGUUAGAUAUACAAUAGUAAUUUCUUUAUCAGUGGUCAUCUACUUUUAUAAUAUUCAAUGGCUUAGCUAGCCAACAUUUAACUUCUACUGUCCAAAUAUAACAGUGUUCAUUGACUGUGUGAUAUAAACUAAAGUUCUGCAGAAAGGAAUGAUGGAUUUAAAAAGAGCAAAAUAUACUUUAUAUAGAAUGUUCCAGCUAAUAGCUGACGGAACUAAGUAAGAGCUUACACUAUACAUGAAAUGAUCUGUUUUUUCAAAAAUUAUAAUUCUUUAUCUUUUCCUGAAUUGAACCACUGUGGCUAUAUUACACAAACACUAUGUUUUGCUUCACUGCAUGUUUUAAUAGAAAGACUGGUCAUGCAUUUAAGUCAGUACGCUUACCGCGUGGCUUUCAUGUGCAUCCACUCAUUGUCAUCAAUGCGUCUUUACAAAUACAAACUCAACCUGAAACAUAGGAAACAAAGUUAACAUUUUAAUAUUUGGUCAAGGGAAUUGUUAGAGAGAUGAGCAGUAGAUAAGAAAGAGUUUUAGAGGUAAAUAAAAACAAAGCGAUAACGUCAUGUAUAGCCGACGUAGUAUGUUCACAAGACAAGAACUAAACGACUACCUCCAUGGAAAAAGGGAAGCCUUGCAAGUUAAAAUAGACCAGGCAACUGAAGAUUCGAUGAGACAAAAUGAAAACACGACAUUGAUAAAUAAAGGGCAGAAAAACGUCAGCAUUCUUCAACUACGCCACCAGCCGGGAGUGAAGAAAGAAUUUUUUUCAAGAGAGGAUUAUAGGCAAUUCUUGACCGUUAUCAAACACAUUCCACCUCAACUUCACUUGUGUUACUCCAGUUUGCCUGGAGCAGGAUUUGGGAUCAUCGCCACUGAACUCAUACCAUCUGGUACUUGGAUUGGUCCGUAUGAAGGCAAACGCAUUUCAGUAGAAGAGAUUAGUAGGGCGACAGAUACACGUUACAUUUGGGAGGUUUACAAGAAUGGAGCAUUGGUUUAUGGGAUUGAUGGCAGUGAUGUUAAGAAUGGGUCUGCUAACUGCUGGAUGAAAUACAUUCAAUGUGCGAGGAAUCCACGCGAGCAAAAUGCAGUUGUAUUUCAGUUUGGAGCGGAAAUUUAUUUCCAGACAUUUAAACCAAUCAAACAUGGAGAGGAAAUUCUAGUAUGGUAUGCUGAUUAUUACGAACAGUACUAUGGUAUACCAAUUGGCGUUAGAAAGUUGGGAAAAAACAAGAACAACACAUCAUCAGCACACUCAAUACCAAUAGAGAAAAGUCAAUUGUCGAAAGAAAAUGAAGAAAUUCAAGUUGUUGAAUCUUUAUUUCAAAAUGGACCGAAGCUUACCAAAACCGAAGCUUACCUAAACCAAUCGUUCCCAAUAAAUAACCACCAGUAUAAUCAUUUUACCGAGACUUACCAAAACCAAUCGUUCCCAAUGAAUAAUCGCCAGUAUAAUAAAUUUACAGAGAACGUAAGUGAAACCAAAAGAAAUGAUUUGGAGAGGUUUCCUGAAUCAGACGAAAGUAACAAUAGAAAAGUGAAAAACGUUUCUGGACGUGUCCACAUUGUCUGUUGACAUUCUCCCACUAAAGUAACACAGCUGUCUUUGUCCUUUGACAAACCUUUUUAUGUAAAUAGACAACACCUCCCCUAAUAAUUUGUUUAAGACUAUAGUCUUCGUUUGUACAAAAAUAUUCAUUAAUGUAUAAUAUGUAAGGGCCAAUAAUUUUGGGUACCUUUUGAAA